AUGGCCAAAUCAGUGCAGUAUAUGCCCCUCGUAGGGCUUCCAGAUCGCACUGCACCGACACGAGCAGGCCAGAUAUUUGUCCUGCUCUUAAUCACAGCGAUUCUUUACCUCGCGACGCCCUUCACGACACAAACCCCCCUACCGUCCGCCAAUCCUCCUCUCGACAACAACAUCUGGAGCAGCAUCCCCCCCAGCACCUCCCUCACCUUCACCCCCUGCUUCGGCUCCCUCCAAUGCGCCCGCCUCCUCGUCCCCCUGAAUUGGAACGCCUCCACGACCGACAGUAACGCAACAGUAUCUCUAGCCGUGAUCAAACGCCCUGCCCGCGUCCCCGUCACAGACCCGCGCUACGGCGGCCCCGUCAUCGUCAACCCCGGCGGCCCCGGCGAGUCAGGCGUGUACCAGGUUCUCUCGGACAGCGCGGCGCUGCAGACCGUGCUGGACAGCCCAGACGACAAAGGCAAGCUCUACGACAUUGUCUCGUUCGACCCGCGCGGCGUCAACAACACCACCCCGCGCCUGCGCUGCUUCCGCGACGCCUUUGCGCAGCAGGUCUGGCAACUGGGCGCCACAGACUAUGGUCUGUUGUGGGAUAGCGAGCGGGUUGUCGGGCUGGAGUGGGCGCGCGCUGCCGCAUUAGGGCAAAGCUGUGCGCAUGGCGACGACGACGAUGACGAGGGUAUAUUGAGGUACGUCAACACCGCGCAAACAGUUGAGGAUAUGCGGCAUCUCGUCGAGAAACUAGGCGAGUGGCGCGCCGCAGAAGCCCGUCGCACCGCCUCCAACCACACAUACGACGGCCUGGCCUACCGGCCAGGCCACGAGAAACUCCAAUACUGGGGCCUCAGCUACGGCACCCUCCUCGGCGCCACCUUCGCGGCGCUGCACCCGCACCGCGUCGGCCGCAUGGUGCUCGACGGCGUCGUCGACCCAGCCGACCACUACGCCGGCGCGUGGCGCACGCAGCUGCAGGACUCGGACGCCAUCGUCACGCAGCUGAGCGCGGACUGCUUCGCAGCCGGCCCGCGGGGCUGCGCGCUGCACACGGGGUCGUCAAGCGCGGACGUCGAGGCGCGACUCACAUCCAUCCUGCAGACGCUCAAAGACGCGCCUCUGCCGGUCGACACCGUCGGCGGCGACGGACCCGUGCUCAUCACGUACGGCGAUGUACAUCUGGCGCUGCUGUCGGCGAUGUACUCGCCGUUCGCGAUGGCGGCGCCACUGUUCCGGCUGCUGCCAGCGCUGGAGCGGCGCGAUGCGUCGGACGCGGAGAUUGUGCGUCUCGCGGCGAGGAAGCAGGGCGCGCUGGUGCCGGCGUCCGCGCGCAGCGACGAGCCGGUGCCCUACGUCUCGGCCAUGGGCGCUGUGCAGUCGAUCGCGUGCAUGGACAGCGUGGGCGCGGCGCCGCCGCUGACCCGCGCCACGUUCCGCGCGUAUCUGGCCGAGCUGCGCGCGCAGGGCCGCUGGAUUAGCCCCAGCUGGGCGAGAAAUCGGCUCGCCUGCGUCGGAGUGGGCGAGCCCAGCGCAUCCGCUGCUGCUGGUGGGGAACACGCACGACACGGUGACGCCGCUGCGCAAUGCGCAUCGCGUGGCGGGUCUGUUCCCCGGGAGUGUGGUGCUGCAGCAGGACGGUGA